UGCCGACUGAAUUAGCGUCCCAGGAUUUUCGUCAUGACUCUUAAAUCUGGGCUUGUCAGUUCGGCCCAGCGUUCCAGGUCUCUAGGAACAGCAUGGGACUUUCAGAGUUUAGCCAAUCACAUAGCGUUGAGAUCAGGUUGCCAGGCAGAUUAUGCUAAUAAGACCCCGCCUUUUAUGCUGCUCCCACUCUGCGGCGGGAAGAACCACCUGGAGGCGGCGGGGGGGUUUGAUUUCCAUCACCCCUAGGGAGAGAGGAUCCGAGACCCGCUGAUCUUCCAGCUCCCCUCACCCAACGUCGUGUGUCCUGCAGAGACCUUCCUGCCAUCCAUGAGCACAUGUUUUCAGGACAUACAAGACAGAUGAGUGUCCUCUGUCCUGGGCUGCUGCUGUAGGUGGCUCAGACUUGGAGCUGUCCAACGAGGAGAAGAUGGAUUCCAAAGAUGAAAGCUCCCAUGUGUGGCCAACAUCUGCGGACCAUGAACAGAAUACUGCACAGGUGCACUUUGUUCCGGAUGCUGGAACUGUGGCUCAGAUUGUAUACACUGAUGACCAAGUCCGUCCACCCCAGCAGGUGGUGUACACAGCAGAUGGUACCUCCUACACGUCCGUAGAUGGUCCAGAGCACACACUGGUGUACAUCCACCCAGUGGAAGCUGCACAGACUCUGUUUACAGAUCCAGCCCAGGUAGCUUAUGUCCAACAGGAUGCCACAACUCAACAGGUGCUGCCUUCCAUUGAGAGUGUGGACGGUUCCGACCCGCUGGCAACUCUACAGAACCCGAUUGCCAGACUAGACACAAAAGAGGAAGAGGAAGAAGAAGAGGAUGAAGAUGAGGAUACAGAGGAAGAGGAGGAAGAAGAUGCUGAAGACACCGAUGUGGAUGACUGGCAGCCUGACCCACCCAGGCCUUUUGACCCCCAUGAUUUGUGGUGUGAGGAGUGUAACAAUGCACAUUCUUCUGUGUGCCCGAAGCACGGCCCUUUGCAUCCCAUCCCUAACCGGCCUGUGCUCACCCGGGCCAGAGCGAGCCUGCCUCUGGUCCUUUACAUAGAUAGGUUUCUUGGUGGUGUGUUCUCCAAAAGGCGGAUUCCCAAGCGCACCCAGUUUGGCCCAGUGGAGGGGCCACUUGUCAGGGGGUCGGAGCUGAAAGACUGCUACAUUCAUCUCAAGGUUUCUCUUGAUAAAGGAGACAGAAAAGACCGGGAUUUGCAUGAAGACCUGUGGUUCGAGCUGUCCGACGAGACCCUUUGUAACUGGAUGAUGUUUGUGCGCCCAGCCCAGAACCACCUGGAGCAGAACCUGGUAGCUUACCAGUAUGGCCACCAUGUGUACUACACGACAAUCAAGAAUGUGGAGCCCAAGCAGGAACUGAAGGUGUGGUAUGCUGCGUCCUACGCCGAGUUUGUGAACCAGAAAGUCCACGACAUAUCCGAAGAGGAAAGGAAAGUUCUUCGAGAGCAAGAGAAGAACUGGCCCUGCUACGAGUGCAAUCGCCGCUUCGUCAGCUCAGAGCAGCUGCAGCAGCACCUCAAUUCUCAUGACGAGAAACUAGAUGUGUUUACCAGAACGAGAGGCAGAGGAAGGGGUCGAGGCAAGAGGAGAUUUGGCCCUGGCAGGCGGCCCGGGCGGCCUCCAAAAUUUAUCCGCUUGGAAAUCACCAGUGAAAAUGGGGAAAAGAGUGACGAUGGGACACAGGACUUGCUGCAUUUCCCCACAAAGGAACAGUUUGAUGAGGCGGAGCCAGCUGCUCUAAAUGGGCUGGAUCAGCCAGAACAAGCGUCCAUCCCAAUCCCACAGCUGCCACAGGAAACCCCAUCUUCUCUGGAGCAGGAACCGGAAACUCACACUUUGCACCUGCAGCCACAGCAAGAAGAGAGCCUAGUGCCUACCCAGACCACUUUGACAGCGGAUGACAUGCGCAGGGCCAAACGCAUCCGAAACGCAGCUCUUCAGCAUCUGUUUAUCCGGAAGUCCUUCCGGCCUUUUAAAUGUCUGCAGUGUGGGAAGGCCUUCCGGGAAAAGGACAAACUGGACCAACACUUGCGCUUCCAUGGGCGGGAGGGGAACUGCCCGUUGACCUGUGACCUCUGUAACAAGGGCUUCAUCAGCAGUGCCUCUCUGGAGAGCCACAUGAAGCUCCAUUCGGACCAGAAGACUUACUCUUGCAUUUUUUGCCCAGAAUCCUUUGACCGCCUUGAUCUGUUGAAAGAUCAUGUGGCCAUUCAUGUCAAUGAUGGCUACUUCACGUGCCCAACUUGUAAGAAACGGUUCCCUGAUUUUAUCCAGGUGAAAAAGCACGUGCGAAGCUUCCACUCUGAGAAGAUCUACCAAUGUACCGAGUGUGACAAGGCCUUCUGCCGCCCUGACAAGCUGAGACUGCACAUGCUCCGGCAUUCCGACCGCAAGGACUUCCUAUGUUCCACCUGCGGGAAGCAGUUUAAGCGAAAAGACAAACUCCGGGAGCACAUGCAGAGGAUGCAUAACCCUGAACGGGAGGCCAAGAAGGCUGACCGCAUCAGCCGCUCCAAGACCUUCAAGCCGCGCAUCACAUCCACAGACUACGACAGCUUCACGUUCAAGUGCCGCCUGUGCAUGAUGGGCUUCCGGAGGCGAGGCAUGCUGGUAAAUCACUUAUCAAAGAGGCAUCCAGACAUGAAGAUAGAAGAGGUGCCUGAGUUAACCCUACCCAUCAUAAAACCCAACCGAGAUUACUUCUGUCAGUAUUGUGAUAAGAAUGAAAUGUCUUACUUGGCUUUAAGUAGGAAAGUAGAACCGUAUGCUGUUUUCAUGGCCAAAUAUUUAAAUUUGCAGGUUUAUAAGAGUGCUAGCAAGCGCAAAGCCCAUAUUCUGAAGAACCAUCCAGGAGCUGAGCUCCCACCAAGCAUUCGGAAACUUCGCCCUGCUGGCCCUGGAGAGCCUGACCCUAUGCUGAGCACCCACACCCAGCUGACCGGCACCAUCGCCACCCCUCCUGUCUGCUGCCCACACUGCUCCAAGCAGUAUAGCAGUAAGACCAAGAUGGUCCAACACAUUCGAAAGAAACACCCAGAGUAUGCCCAGCUUCCCAACACCAUUCAUACGCCCCUGACGACAGCCGUGAUCAGUGCCACCCCAGCUGUCUUAACAACAGAUAGUGCCACUGGAGAGACUGUAGUGACGACAGAUCUGCUAACUCAGGCAAUGACAGAACUGUCCCAGACCUUAACAACAGAUUACCGAACACCUCAGGGGGACUACCAGAGGAUUCAGUAUAUCCCUGUGUCUCAGUCAGCGUCUGGUCUGCAACAACCUCAGCACAUACAGCUUCAAGUGGUGCAAGUGGCUCCGGCCACUUCCCCACACCAGUCUCAGCAGUCCACAGUGGACGUUGGACAACUGCAUGAUCCUCAGACUUACACGCAGCAUGCCAUCCAAGUGCAGCACAUCCAGGUCACAGAGCCCACCGCCGCUGCUCCAGUAUCAUCCCAGGUGGCUGGGCAGCCAUUGAGCCCCUCUGCCCAGCAGGCACAGCAGGGGCUCAGCCCCUCCCAUAUCCAGGGCAGUUCUUCCACACAAGGGCAGACUCUACAGCAGCAGCAGCAGAAUUCCUCUGUACAACACACAUACCUCCCCAAUGCUUGGAACUCCUUCCGUGGUUAUUCAUCUGAAAUCCAAAUGAUGACACUGCCCCCAGGUCAGUUUGUGAUCACAGACAGUGGUGUGGCAACUCCUGUUACUUCUGGGCAAGUAAAAGCAGUGCCCCCGGGUCAUUAUGUGUUAUCAGAGAGUCAACCAGAACUGGAGGAAAAGCAAACCUCUGCCCUCUCUGGUGCAGUCCAGGUUCAGCCCUCAGCACACAGUGAUCCCCUGGAUUCCACAAACCCCGGCCAACAGCAGACCACACAGUACAUCAUCACGACCACCACCAAUGGGAAUGGGAGCAGUGAAGUGCACAUCACUAAGCCGUAGCCUUCUUCCUGUAGUUGGAGUCCAGAGCUCACACCACGUCUCCUCGGAAUCUGAAGCUUCAAACAUCUAGACCUCUUUUUAAAGAUUUAUUACUCAAGCGUUUGGAAACUGCAGUUUUGACACACAUAUGCCAGGGGUGAUGUUUGCCAAGGUCAUCUUUACCCAAUUGACUCUGCAAACCCUUGGGAUUUCUGCCAUGGAAUGCAGCUCUUUCAGGGGAAAGUUAACUUUCAGAUGGAGAAACUCGGCCUUGCUCUUGAGCUGGUUCUUUUUUUGUUUUUGUUUUUGAACACACUUACAAGCCUUACUUUCCCUUUGUGGAAAUACUAAGUGGCAUAUUAUGUUCAUACCAAAGGUGGAGGCAGGAUGUGCCAAGUCCAUGGUCAUCGGACUUCUGAAAUCCAAGCUAUGGCAUCAAAAGAGAAGGAACAUUUCUGGGUGUGAUUAAGUCAGGACCACUUUAUCUCAUUCAUUUGAGUUUUCAGUAAUUUAACAAAGGCAGCUUAUUAGAUGAAAAAAUUAAAAUAAGAUAAAGGUUUGAUGGUGGUGUUCUGAUGGAAAAACUGUCAUCUAUAUUUUUCUUAUUGCUGAUAACUCCCUCCUUCCCUCCCUCCCCACUCUCCCUCUCACUGUGCUGCCCAGUAUAGCUGUGAACUCAUCGACUUGUGGGAUCCCCUGCCUUAGCCUCCCAAGUAGCUGGGACUAUAGUCGGGCUCCACUAUGACAGUUGUUUUUCAACUUUCUUGUUUUGGAAAACCUACUGGGCAACAGUAGUGCUCCACACAGGUGCUGACCCCAGGCUUAUUUGACUCCCUGCAUGAUUGCAACUGGAUUUAAACCUCUACAUUAAAGCUCUGCUUCGAGACUUCUGGCUAUAUAUAUAGCCAUGUUGAAGACGGAGAUAGUUUUAUGAAAAAUUGCUAAAUUUAUUGUGUA